CUUACAAAAAUGAAAAACAAAUGAGAUCAGUGCUUCUUUAGGCCCCCUAUGUAGUGACGCAACGGUGACCCCGCCCACGUGUUCCCCAGCAUGGCUCCUUCCUGGAGCUGGAAGCAGUGCAAAGGAAAUUCCACGCAAUCUCCCAUCCGUCUUGCAAACAGGAGAUCUGGGCUUCUUGUAGGGAUACCAUGGGCAUUAUUAGGCUGCUCUCAAACGCAAUGGCCCGGGUCGGCACAGUCCGAUAUUACCAGUUAGUGCUGGUUAUCGCAGCCGCGCUGGCUGUCGUUGCUUUUUAUAGUUUCGGAUCGGACCGGCACAAUUUUUCCAGCACUACUAAGCGUAUCAAAGAGACUCAUGCCAGCCACAACGCAAACAGUAACAACGGGGAUCUCUCCCCCGAUACCAACGGUGAGCAACGCGUUUCAAAAGCUGUAAGUGUGGGAGAAGCUGGCAGAACGAACACGGAUAGUGUUAACGCAGCUGCAAAGACAAGGACGCCGGAGGAGGGUCCGCGAUAUUUUCACGCGCUGAUGAUGUUCACCAAAGUGGACACGAGCCAGCAGCUGCAGCAGAAGUUCCAGGUUGCCAUGAGAUCGAUGCUGAAGCACGCCAGGUUUGAGGACGGGGAAGUCUUGACCCUGCAUUUUGUGAGCGACGAACCGAGCAGAGAGAUCGGGGAAAAGAUACUGGGAGACUUUCUGCAGGGCGCCACCUUCCGUUGUGAGUUGCAGAAUAUUGGCUCAGAACGAAAGAAUUAUCGAAAUGGCUUUCUCAAAAAAACAAAACAAGGUAACGUCAGUGUGGUAUGCUGUGAAUUUACACUUUUCAUGCCUGUAUUAAAGUUUUUCACUUGUAUAUCCUUCUCUGUAUUCUUGGUGUAAUGACUACAGAAAUGUGCCUCUUUGCAUUUGCUCACAACUAACCCCCCCCCAGGACAAUGUGUGACUUAGAUUAACUGGCACCAUUGUCAGUCUUUCCAGUCCAUUCUUGUUGUUAUCAGACCGAAAGCUUUGUUCUUGUCAGCUCCAUACCCGACACAUGUUGCUUACCCUGAACUCUUGAGCGGC